UACGCCGCCUCACUUUGGAGUUUCAUCCUGAGCGUCAACCAUGCUGGCAUCCAGAGCUCUGCUGUCCAAACAGACACUGGCGGUUCUCGCCCAACAGCCAGCAGCCUUUGUCCAUCAAGGCAGCUGGGGGAACGCCAACGUGGCCGUGGUGUUUUCAGGAUGCGGCUGGUGGGACGGCACUGAUGUCCACGAGGGCGUGUACACCAUGUACCAUCUGAGCCGCAAUGGCGCCCGCUUCCAGAUGUUUGCUCCCAAUCAGCAGCAGACUGAAGUGAUGGACCACAUUAAGAAGCAGCCCGCCUCUGGAGACCACCGAAACACGAUGGUGGAGUCUGCUCGCUUCAGUCAUAACCAAGGAGUGAUGCUCAUGCACGAUCUGUCCAACCUGGACGUCAACACUUUUGACGCCGUCAUCUUUCCAGGAGGCUACGGGGUCAUCAAGAACCUAUCCUCUUUUGUGAAGGAUGGCAAAGACUGCAAGCUGCACGCUGAGGUGGAGAGAGUGCUGAAAGAUUUCCAUCGCUCUCGCAAGCCCAUUGGUCUGUCCAGCACGGCUCCCGUGCUGGCAUGCCGUGUGCUGCCCAGCCUGGAGGUGACCAUGGGCUACGAACGAGAAGACAACACCAACCGCUGGGGGAAGUGGCCUCACACCAACAUGGUGCAGGCGGUCAAGAGCAUGGGGGCUCGUCACAAUGUCCGUGAACCAUACGAGGCCCACGUGGACGAGAAGAACAAAGUGGUCAGCACUCCGUCCUUCAUGUGGGAGACGGAGCAGCACUACCAUUAUAUAUUUGACGGCAUUGGCAACAUGGUCAAGCAUGUCAUGCGCAUGACCAGCAAGUGAUGGAAAACAAGGAAGAUAACAUUAGUGUCAAACGUCAUCACCUCUGAAUGACAUGCACGGGCCACAACAUUAGGUACACUUGCACAAUCCAAUGAGAUUCAAUACACAAUAAUCAUGAUCAACUUGCUCAGUUAUUGAACAUCUGCAGUGGCACUAUAAAAAAUUAUUUUACAGAACUGGAUUUUAGAUGUACCUAAUGAAAUGGCGAGUGUGUGUGGAGGCUUUAGUCAAAGCUAUUACUCUGUGGUGUACUUGAGUAAUCAAAGUAUUGUGUACGAUUUUAAGGGUCAUUUGAAGUGAAUGCAGUACAAUGACAGGAGCUGGUCAACACAUUCCAAUAUUUCGACUUGUGUUGCACCACUGCCCAAUAAACAUACAGCACUACACACAUACAUUACAUUAAUUUAGCUAUAUAGCUUGGAUGUGAAUAUAAAAAUGCCCUCAUAAUUAUAAAAAAUAAAUAAAUAAUGGGUGAC